GAGCUCAGCCCAAGUCAAGCCCUUUUCUCUUCUUCACAUUCCUUACGCCCGUGCUAGGGUCAUUAUUCAGGUAAAUAGGUCUUAAAUGGAUUCUGAUAGGAAAUCAGCCGUGUCGUCGUUCUAUGGAGGGAGAAGAAGCUCUGUCGAUGCCCUCAACAACGACUACAGCUCUCCUCUGCCCCACUAUGCGCCCCAGCCCGCCCAAAGCCGUCCCAGAGUGGACUCGUCUUCGUCUUUCUACGCAGACCGUCAGUCUAGAUUCAACAAUGACACCAUCAAUGGCAACUCUGCAGGAUACAACCACAUGUCCUUUCUCGAUGCUGGCAGAAUAGAGCCGGUCAAGGGUGGGCGUGAUGAGGAAGAAGAGGCGAGGAGAAAUGACGAGGCGUGGGACGUCUACGCUGAUUUCAACAAUGCUGGGCCUAGAUACAGCACAGCGUUUGGACUGGGUCAUACAGAUGCGGGGUACCAACAAUUACCCCCUCCCCCUUCCAUCCCUCAAGCCAAAACAGACGAUGCAUCGAGCACGCGCACUCCCGUAGAACUCGUGACCGUCCCAGCCCUGGGGCCGGAAUGGAACCUCUCCGAAAUGAAGGACAUGACACAGGCUGGAAAGCGGGAGAAAAAAUAUGAUAAACGCAGGGCCUUCUGGAAAGCAUGGAACCGUGGUGAUACCGGUCUCUGUGGAAAGUGGUUCACGAAGAAAUUUCUUGUUUUCUUCGUCUUUGCUUGGGUAGUCAUCAUUGUCAUACUUCUAGCCAUCACUAUCCCACGUGUACCUGGAUUUUCAUUCAACAGUACCACACCUCUGGAUAGUGCCACUGGCUCCUUCAACGCCUCCAUCCCAUCCCAAUUUUCCCGCUCGCCAGCCAAUUUCUCUUUCCCCGCUCUUGCCGACCUCGAAGUAGACACAACAAGCAACAUCCUUCCUCUUACCUUCAACAGCAUCUCCGCCGAAAUCUACGAUACCACCUCGAACCUGCAAGUGGCGUCCGGAAACUUCGGACACACCACUCUUUCUGCGAAAACGUUUUCAAAGAUCCAGAUCCCGCUCAACUUUUCGUACGUCGCUACAAACACUUCUGAUCCCACAUGGAACAACUGGUACAACGCAUGUAAAAAUCCCGGGUUGUAUCCCAGCGGCACUCGUCCAGGUAUCAGCUUCAUCCUCGUACUAAAGAUGUACAUCGCUGGCCUUCCCUCAGCGCACGGAGCGUCCACUCAAGUAACAGACGCAUCAUGCCCAAUCCAGCUCUCCAUGAAUAGCGCUUAAGAUUUCGUCCGUACUCAAGUUUGACACAAUCCAUCUACUGUCUGUCCGUUUCGGAUCUACUACAUACAGUCGGACUUUCUAUUUCCAUUUUCCGCGGCGUUGUCAUGCAUAUGUCGUCUGGCUUUUUUCCAAGCUUUUUUCUUCUUGUUUCGAUCGUGGACGUUCUAGUUCUAAUUUUACUUGUCGUAAAGUUACUCGCGUUUUGUGCAUGCCGCUCGCUUCACCCGUAUUUUCUGCACACUCGCACUCGGGUGAUACCGACUUUUUAUGAGACUAUCUUACAUUUAUUUUGCUUAUACUCUGGGUGUACACAUACAAACGUUCAAUUGAACAUUUCAUGGCACAAGUUCAUGUCCCCGG